GGGAUUUUCCCGCGCGUGAGGCUCAAUGUGAACCUCGAAGCAGAGGCUGAAUCCAGCCUUCACUCAGGUCAUUUGUGUCACCUGCCCUCCACCUGAGUCAAUAACUCGUCAGAUGAGAUCCUUCAAGAUCCCCCAGCUAUUGCCGCGAGAUUCCUUUUGAACUCAGGUAGUUUCUAUGCAGUUCAUGGUGAGGAUGCGAUAUUCUAGUCCUAGUGUCCCUCUAAUGGAGCUGCUGUAAACAUGGCGCUCGACAACGACAGCACUAUGGCACCCGUUACCAACGUGGAUAUUGUCGCCAUCCCCGCCAUAGGUGCGGACCCGGAAAAAGCAUGGAUCGGUGAUAAUGGAAAUGCACCUUGGUUGACGACAGACCUGCCUAAACUCAUUCCUAACGCUCGCAUCUUGCUGUUAGACCAUGGCGAGCUGGAUGCGAAUGACGAUUUAGACUCUUUGGCUACGAAGUUGCUGAACAAGCUCCAGCAAAAGAGAAACUUGACGAGCCCUAGACGUCCCAUGUUCUUCAUAUGCCAUAGCACCGGUGGCCUCGUAGCUACAGCGGCUCUUUCUAAAGCAAGUGAAUCUCCUUCGCCUCUUGACUCUAUUCUCUCAAGCUGCUAUGGAAUCGCCUUUCUGGCGACGCCGCACUGGGGCUCGAGCUACCUAUCCGCGCCCGAGUUUACAAAGAGUAUACGCCAUCUUCUUCGUCUUAAACGUCAUAUACCGCAUAAACUACGUGGAGAAUUUAAGCCGCGACAUGAAAAGCUUCAACGACUUGCGGGUCAGUUCCGGGCCAUUUCAGCGGAUAUGAAAAUCUGGACUUUCUUGGAGACUAUUGAUUCGGUAUUCACCAUAACAGAUUCCGAGAAUGGAAGCACGGUUGACAUGCAUGUGCCAAUUACAUCGAUCCGGUCAGGUCUUCUAGGCUUUGAGCAUGAGAGUGAGAUUCCGUUGGCGACAGACCACAUUGGGACUGCAACUUUCAAAGGCCAAGAGACUACGGCCAGGGUCAAUUUCAUCAAGGAGCUCCAGACUUCCGUGGCAAUGGCGUUGGAAUUAUCAAUAAUGACGGACAUCCCUUUGCAGGUAGAGCAGGAAGCUAUGGUGCAAAUCAACGGGUUUUUCGAAGACACAGCCAGAGGGGUUAGCGACGAGACGCCUUUGAAAUUGUGGUCUACUAAAACGCCGCUUCAAGAGUUUCUAUCAAGAGGGCCUGCGGAAUGCCUUGAGGAGAGACUUAAAAAGUCAAGCAGAAUUCAAUCCAGCUCGUAUGAAGACUCCUCGGUCAGCAGCUUUGAUAGCCGGCCGACAACUGCCCAAGCCGAGCCAUCGCAGGAUGGUGCUGUUGGACCUCGGGAACCUGAAGUUAUCCCGCUCGAGGUUGUCUCAUCAAGACCCUCAGUCAGAAGAAGUCGAAGUUUUAUGGUUCGGUCGUCUUCUCCUAGAGUCCACGUUACAGAGCCUCCCGUCGAUGGCUAUUUUGAUAUUCACUCAGAAAGUUCGGUCUCAGACACACGCGGACAAGAUGUUACUUACGACGACGAAGAAACUUCUCCUGCAAACCAUGAACAGGACGAAGAAAAUGAGAUGUCUGCUGAUAAUAUGGGCGUGAUUAGUCCGAGCCAAAGGAACUUAUUAACCAGUCUCUCCUCUAAAUACCGAGAGUUUCUCAAUGUUCCCACGAGAGAGCGGAUAUCUGAGGAGCGAUCCGAGACGCCGCGAACUACCCCGAGAUUUGAUCGGCCAGAACCAGGGAGCGAGAAGCUGCUUUGGAUCCACGUCCCCUAUACACAUACUGACUGGGUACCUCCAGUUCUGUCCAAAUCCUGUCGGGGCCAGCAGAAGCAGAACCUUUUUAGGAAACUUAUCAACGACGAAAACUGGUACUCCAAUCUUAUUACAGCUCGACAUUUGGAACCCCAUGCCCGUUAUGUCCGCCCGGCAUGUAUCCAUUUCAAACUUGAUUCCCCACCGAUUAAAGCUGGGGAACCCCAUGACCCUCAGCUAGCACUUUAUAUGCCUUAUCUUCAUUGGGAUACUUACUGGAAUCUCCUCCAGCGACGUAAAGUUAUUGAAGAACGGUUAAGGCAAGGAAGAUCCAGGCCAGUCCCGGACCAUAUUUCGAGGUCGAGUUUAGAAUCGAAAUUGAUUUGGAAAUUUUUGGGGAGUGAGCCUCCGAUCCAUAUACGGAGGACCUUGGAUCAGUUUGGAUACCCUAAUCUGCGAUCUACUGUCGCACGAGACGAUGAUCAAAUGCUAUGGAAGCGCACGAGGAAAGCCGUCAAUCUCAAUGACGAGUUUGGAACCUCUCCAUCUGCACCAGACAAGCCUGAGUCUCAGACCUCCUUUGUCGAUGGAAAAGUGCUCAUGGUAGAUCAGCUUUGGCUUUGGAUUGUCGACCAGAAAACCGUUGUCACCUUUUUCCCAAAGCAGGAGCCAACAACAGUUGAAGGCAAGUUUUACGAGCAGACGAACUUACACAACAGCAUUUACAAUGAACUCAACGGAGAUCUUGCACGGCGUUUCGAGACUGCAGGCGACCUUGCUGCACUGAUAGUAUUGCACGCUGUAACUGUUCUUUUUGAUAGAACCUUGCACAGUGACCUACAAAUCCUUCGCAUCUUCGAGGAAUCCAUUAGUAUUUUAACGGAAUUGACAACCAAAUCAUUCAAAAUGUUCCGGAAUCGAGGAUUCGUUACCAGACCCGCCGAAUACAACAAAACCCCAGAUGGGAGAAUCAUGACUGCUACUGAGCGCGACGAAAGAGACCGUCAAGUUGCUCUUCAGAAUCGUAAUGAUCUCUCGUCUCUCCUGGAACUAAGGGAUAUAGUGGACGAACUCGGGACCAUUCUGAAGCUUCUAGAGCAGCAAACUACAACCAUCAAGACGAUGGCCAAUUACUUCGAGUACAGGGGCUAUGGCAAGCGGUUCAUCCAUGCGGCUCUCAUGAGACUCGACGAAUAUCAUAUCCAUAUCACAGAAAUGAGAGGAAAUGCCAUUGCAGCCCAAAAAGCAGUGGAAAACCUCCUCGAUCUGAAACAGAAACAAGCCAACGUCGAUGAGGCAAGACUGGCUCGAUGGGAGGCAGAGGUAACGCAAAGCCAAUCACGAGCCGUGAUGGUCUUCACCAUCUUCACUAUCAUAUUCUUGCCACUUUCCUUCUUCACCUCAUUAUUCGGCAUCAACGCCCGGGAAUGGAGCGGCACUCCGCAAAACCCAACCCUAGGUACAAUGCUCGCAAUCGCAGGUCCAACAUCCGUCGCCACAAUCGUCUUCGCCCUCCUCAUAGGUUUCAGCGAACACCUCCGCGACAUCCUCUUCAAAACCCAAAUCGUCCUCUUCGGCCUUUGCAAAGAUCUAAUCCUCUUCCCGCUGGCCCGCACAUUGCCCUGGAAGAAAUGGGGAUCGAGAUCCAAAUCGUCCAAGAAGACGACGUCCCUGGCCGCGUCUGCGAAAAGCUCGCCCAUGCGCGAUCGGGUUGGCCGGUACUUGGCUUCGUGGCGGAACCAGAAGGGCAUGGAGGAAGAAGAUUUCUGGAAGAGGGACAGUGAUCAGUCGACUAUGCCGUUGCCGUCGGUUUUGGUUUCGGAAGUCCAUGGGCAUGGGCCUGGGAACACGUCGGUGGAUAAGAUGCCGAAUGGGAAUAGUUCGGCAUACUGCUAGGUACAUAACUAACUAGUCACCGGGGGACAUCGCUGUGAUUGAUGCAGCUGCCUAGAUUUCUAUCUUCCCCCUACCGACAUAGGAUAUUUACAUGAUAUUUUGACCUACUGUGCCUUGUUUCGGUUCUACAUGGGACUAAGGGUGAAAAGAUAAUCUAAAUAAAUUUGAACUACGGCAAA